AUGAAUGGUGAUGCUCAAACUGUGCGUUUGGUUCACAGGUACGACGCAGCCUCUCUGCUGCUGGUCUAUGGCGUCUACAUCGUGGUGCUGUGCUUCGACCUCCGUAUCAGCGAGUUUGUCCUGAGGAAGCUGAGCCCCUGCUGCACCUGCCUGGGUAAAGGAUCCAGGGAGAAGACAGAGACGCAGCCUCUGAUGGGCUGGAGCGACAACACCAGCCUGCGCGUCCACGGUCGCUCCAGGACGGACAGUGGCAUCUUCCAGGACGACUCAGGAUACUCUCAUCUGUCCCUCAGCCUGCACGGCCUCAACGAGAUCCCUGAAGUGGAGCAUAAAGGUGUGUUUGCCGUGCCAGAGAGCGACCUGAAGCGCAUCCUCUGGGUUCUGUCCCUGCCCAUCAUCGCUCUACUUUUCCUCACCGUGCCCGACUGCAGGAGGAGGUUCUGGAAGCGAUGGUACAUUGUAACCUUCAUCAUGUCGGCGGUGUGGAUCUCAGGUUUCACGUACAUACUGGUGUGGAUGGUCACUGUGGUCGGUGAGACCCUCGGCAUCCCUGACACAGUUAUGGGACUCACUCUGCUCGCUGCUGGAACCAGUAUCCCCGACACUGUGGCCAGUGUGAUGGUGGCCAGAGAAGGUAAAGCUGACAUGGCCAUGUCCAACAUAGUGGGCUCUAAUGUUUUCGACAUGCUCUGUCUGGGGCUGCCUUGGUUCAUCAAAACAGUCUUUGUGGACACCAACAACCCUGUAGAAGUCAACAGCACCGGACUCGUCUUUAUUUCCUCCACACUCCUCCUUUCAAUUGUAUUCCUGUUUGUAGCUGUCCAUGUGAAUGGAUGGAAACUGGACUGGAAGUUGGGAGUGGUUUCUCUCUUCUGCUACAUCCUCUUUGCCACUCUGGCCAUCCUGUAUGAGCUGGGGAUUAUUGGGAAUAAUCCCAUAAGACUGUGCAGUGACUGAGGUCUGACCUUCCCAGGACUCGAGCCAUAUUUACUGAGGCUCCAUUCAUCCAAAAAACACAACAAAAAUGUUAAGCCUCUAAAUCUUCAGAUGUCAAAAGAAGGAGGCGUGGCUCCACUCACAUAGUUACAGAUACUGAGCCGUGGCAGACAUGUGCUGGUCACAUCUCAGGCAGAGGAUGAUCUCUGUAAGCAGUUUGUUUCACAAAUGUACCAAAGAUCAUUUUCUUGUGUGUGCUUGCUCCGAUCCAGAGCAGAAUGUUAUCAUACGAUGAAAACUUGUUAUGAAGUUCUGAGAUGUCUUCCGUCUGACUCAAGGCCCAUAAAUGAGAGAUGUGCUAUUUCAAGAAGUGACUGCCAGAUUCAAAACUGUGAAGUCAUUGUUAGCAAAUAAAAAGGUGUCAACAGGACUCAUUCGACCUUGUCCUACUUUUUAAGUGGGUGAGUGAAUUACAGCAAAAGAGGCAUCAUCUACAAUGUUCUGAUAAGCUUUUAUGAGCCUUGUCGCCUGCAACGAAGAGUGGAGGAACGAGCAAUAAAUGGUAAAAAAACAAACAAAAAAACUUUCCGCUUGUCUUCGUUUACCUAAAGCAGAAACACUAACUUUUUAUCAGUUGUUUAUAAUUAACUCUGUGAAGCUUACAUGAACUUCAGACACUGACAAUGAUG